GAAGUGGAGGAAGAAGUCGAAGUGGAAGAAGAGGAAGUGGAGGAAGAAGUCCAGGAGGAAGAGGAAGUAGAGGAAGAAGAAGAGGAAGUAGAGGAAGAAGUCGAGGAGGAAGAGGAACAGGUUGAAGAAGUGGAACUGCAGGAAGAAGAGGUCCAAGAGAGAGCCGCUGACGAGUUGGACGAAAUGGAACAUUCAAAUGCAAUCAAGGAAGACACCAACGAAGAAUACGCCCUGAAUGCGUACAGUGAAAAGGAACGAAGCUCUCGAGAUGAAAUAGCACAAGGGGCAGAGGAGCACAUGCAAAAGACGGUGAUGGGGAGUACUACGGGAGAGGACGUCGUCGACGUCGCGGUGAACAAAAUGGACGAAGAAGCAGAUGAUGAAGAAGACAACGUCGCAUACGACGACCAAGUGGACGAAUUGCCAGCGGACAAUUUGUCAACGGACGAACUGCUAAUGGGAGGCGAAGCCCCCGGUGAGGAGGAAGACAAUCCAGCGGGAAAAGAUUUCCUCCUUCUAAGCGGCGAAAUAAAAAAAAAAAAUUCCGAGUCCUUACUGCUUGUAAAUAAAUUCAUGGAAAGCUUGCUAAAAUAUGAUGACUUUUACAAUUAUGCUUUUAAUAGCUUAAAGAAUUAUUAUGUCGAAAAAAGAAUCGACACAAAUUGUAGUUUCUUAAAUAAAUUUGAAGUGAAUAAUGGAGGUGAGAAUCCUGUGAACUUAUGCACAAGUGAAGUAAUGAUAGGAAAUGUGGCUAUUCCAUAUGAUACACGUGAUGUGGGGGAGAAUUCAAACAGGCCGACUUGCGAAGCCGACAAAUGGGGAGAAGACACGGAGCAAAAUGUUGUGAUAGGGGGCGUAAAUAAAAGUGACGCACGCGCAGCUUUGGAUAGCGAAGAGAUUGCCGUGAAGGACGUUGCAGCUUUUCCAGGUGUGGCAGACGUUGAAGAGGUGGCAGCUGUUGAAGACGCCCAUAUGGUCAAAGCUGACGUGUCUGAAGAAACCCCAGCUGCCCAACUGGCCCAAGAGGCGCACGAUAACGAACAGAAUGCAGAGCUGCAAAGGGAGAAUUCAGCCGAAAUAGAAGGAAAAAAAAAAUCCCCAAAUAAUGUCGAUGCUGAACAGGGGAACAAAUUUGUUGAAAAUACCUGCGAGGGAAAAGAACAAAUUGGGGAUGACAGUGACAAGGAAAGGGGAGGUUUAGUCAGCAUGGGUAAAGAGGAUGAAGAGGAAGGGGACACAAGCAGCGAAGGAGAAACUGGAGAGAGCGAAAGUGAAGAUAGUGCAAGUGAAGAUAGCGGAAGUGGAGAUAGCGGAAGUGAAGACAGCGAGAGUGAAGACAGUGAAAGUGCAGGUAGCGAAUGUGAAGAUAGCGAAAGUGAUAGACCCGUUGGCAAGGAACAUGGAAAAGUUGAAACGUUGGCAGGGGAAAGUAUUGUUAAAAAUGAUGAACAGAGUGACGAAGGUACGAAUGAUGGAAGCGGCGAAGACAGCCCCGAAGGACAAACUAACGUGGACAAGGACAACAGGAAGCUAAUAGGUAACGCAGUAGGAUGUGACAAAAUUGAGGAGGCAAAUAGCAAGAGUGAGGAGGAGGGGGAAAAAGACACGUGUCGAAGUGAAGCAGCAGCAAGUAAAAGUGACACUGGGGGAAGUGACAGCACAAGUAGUGAGGACUCUAGCGAGGAUAGCAAAGGCGAAGAUGACGAAGUUAAGGAUGAAGUUGAACAAAACGCCCAAAAUAAAAUCGAUGGUACUACAAUGGAAGGGGAAAAGGAAUGCAAAGCGGGAAGCAAAUCCGAAAGUAAAAGCGAAAGCGGAAGUGAAAGUGAUAGUGGACGUGAAAGCGGAAGUGAAAGUGGAAGUGACAGUGGAUCUGAAAGUGGAAGUGAAUCAGAAAGCGAAAGUGGAAGCGAAUCCCAAAGCAGCAGCGAAGAAUCCAGCUGA